AUGGACGGCGUUUCCAAUGCAGCCAGCAUUAUAGCAGUCAUCCAACUUGCCGGGACUGUUCUAACGACUUGUGUGACUUACUUCAAUGAGGUGAAAGAUGCCAAGAAUGAUAUUCAUCGCCUACACCUGGAGGUUGCAAGUCUUACUGGCUUACUGAACAAGGUGUCAGAACUUCUGCACAGUCCAGACGGCACGGACCUUUCGGCCUCUAAGAUGAUGGUUGACAGUAUGAACGAGUGUUUCUCAACGCUCACGGCCUUGGAUAAAAGGAUCGACCCGGGCAACAGACACAAGAUAAUGACCAAAUGGGGUAUUCGAGCUCUCAAGUGGCCUCUAAAAAAGGACGAGUUGAGAAAAACCGUUGAAGACAUCGAGAGAUGCAAGACGGCUUUGAACUUAGCUUUGCAAGUUGAUCAAACGACACUUAUAAAUGCCCUGAGCCAAACGAUCGACCUUGCGAAGCUGCCAACUGCCCUAGGCGCCGAGUUCGAUUCAUAUUCAGACCAACACGAAGAUCAAUGUCUACCGGGAACCAGAAGUGAAAUACUUGGAGAGAUCAAUGAUUGGGUAGAGCUUUCACAAGGGAGGUGCAUCUUCUGGUUGAAUGGAAUGGCUGGAACAGGCAAAUCAACGAUUUCCCGAACUGUGGCCAGAACAUUCCAGGGGAGAAGACUACUGGGCGCUAGCUUUCUCUUUAAGAGAGGCGAAGGGGACCGGGGAAAUGCGACCAGGUUCUUCAGUACACUCGUGACUCAAUUGAUGCACCAUAUGCCUCAGUUAAUACCAGCCGUAAGGAGGUCACUUGAGGCCGAUCCUGGUAUUGUAGGAAAGUCACUCAGGGAUCAAUUUCAAAAUCUCAUCUACCAGCCGCUCCGAGAACUACGGCCGGUCCAAAAUAGUUCGAAAAUUGUGAUAGUGAUCGAUGCCUUGGAUGAAUGCGACCGGGAAGAAGAUGUGCGGGUUCUCCUCCAGUUGCUACCACGAAUGCGGGAUUCGGGCGUGCCAAUCCGUAUAUUUUUGACAAGCAGGCCUGAAUUACCGAUACGACUGGGCUUCAAGCAAAUUGCCAAUGAACAUCAGGACCUGAUACUCCAUGAGAUACCCGAGUUGGUGAUAAAGCGCGAUCUGUCUUUGUUUCUGAACAACAAACUCGCAAAGAUUAGAUGCGAGCGUGCACUAGCCCCAGACUGGCCGGGAGGUGAGAAUAUCGAAGCUCUGGCGGCCCUAUCCGCUCCAUUAUUCAUUUUUGCCGCCACCGUGUGCCUCUUCGUUGGAGAUAGGAACUGGAGUCCAGAGAAGCGCCUUGCAGCAAUCCUCCAAGACCAAGCGCUGAACCGCACAUCGCGACUGGACAGAACAUACCUUCCAAUCUUGAAUCAGCUUCUCACCGGCCAGGAUGAAGAAGAUUCAAAGCAGCUGUUGCGAGAGUUCCAAGAUAUUAUCGGGAUCAUCGUCCUUCUUGCUUCCCCUCUCUCGGUUAAUGCCCUCUCUCGCUUCCUGGAUAUCCCCAAAGAUGACAUCUGCAAUCGACUGGAUUCAUUCCAUUCGGUCCUCAGUGUUCCGAAGGAUCCUGAUACUCCUUUACGAAUUCUGCACUUGUCGUUUCGGGACUUUCUUGUGAAUCCGGACAGGAAAGGUAAAAGUCCAUUCUGGAUAGACGAGAAAGAAAUGCACCGAAAGAUAGCCAAUCAAUGUCUUACCAUCAUGCAAAGGGGUCUGAAGGAGAAUAUCUGCGAUUUACCAAGCCACGGAACGAGUCGCGCAGACCUCGAUUCUCAAGCAAUCAACUGCUACCUGUCGACCGAUUUACAGUACUCCUGUCGAUAUUGGGUAUACCACCUCGACCAGGGUGGAUUCUGUGUCCCUAACCGGCUUAAUAUGUUUCUUCAACAACAUUUCCUGCACUGGCUUGAAGCAAUGAGUCUUUUAGAGCUUAUAUUCGAAUGUGUUGACAUGAUCCACACUCUACAGUCUCUCACUCAAGAUCAAACGGAACCCAAAAUAUCAGGGUUCCUCCAAGAUGCAAAACGAUUCAUUCUGAAAAACAUACAGAUAGCUGACACCGCACCGUUGCAGCUAUACUGCUCGUGCCUCGUGUACGCACCAUGGAAGUGCUGCAUCAGAAAGGCAUUUGAGAAAAAGAUUCCUGGCUGGAUCACAAGGUUGCCUUGGGUGGAUGAUGAAUGGGAUACCCAAAUGCAGACUUUGGAAGGUCAUUCACAAGCAGUCACGUCUGUCACAUUCUCACCAGAUGGCAGGCUACUGGCAUCAGGCUCUCUGCUUGGCACGAUCCAACUCUGGGAACCGGCUAGUGGGGCAUUAAAGCAGACACUUGAGACACACCUCGGCGCAGUUACAUCGGUAAAAUUUUCACCCGAUAGCAAGCUGGUGGUAGCAGGGAACGGAAGAAUGGUCCAAUUCUGGGAUACAGCCACUGGAAGCCUACAAAGGAUUCUGGAAGGCCACCCGGAUAUAGUCAAAACUGACGAAUAUGGUAGGGGUAGAUUCAAUACUGUCGCAUAUUCGUCAGAUGACCAGAUCAUUGCAACGGGCCAUAUGGAUGGCACCAUCAAAAUCUGGGACUCUGCUAGAGGGCUGCAACACACACUAAAGGGACACUUAUCUCACAUGCGAUCCGUGAAAUUCUCACCGGAUAACAAACUGGUGGCAUCAGGAUCUGCGGAUCGCACCGUCAAGCUAUGGGAUGCGGCUUCUGGAACAUUGCAACAGACACUGGAGUGUGAAUCUCCAGUUUUGGGCUUCUCAUUUUCACCGAAUGGCAAGCAACUGGCUGUAUGCGUUUACAAAACAUUCCAAAUCUGGGAUAUCGCCACUGGAACUCUUCAACAUACCAUACACGAAGACUUAUCUUACGUUGAUUGUGUCGCGUUUUCACCGGAUUGGAAGCGAUUAGCAUCAGCGUUCAGAGGUAUAGCUAAAGUUAGGGACAUUACCACUGGAACCGAACUGCAAGCCCUGACAGGUCACGGGAAUUACUUGUACUCUCUCGCAUUCUCACCAGAUGGCAAGCUAUUGGAAUCGGGCUCUUGGUCUGGCCUGAUCCACCUCUGGGAAAUCACCACGCGAAACUUCCCGCCGGCUGCGGAAAUUGAGAGGCAUCUAGAACCAGUUGUCUGUGUCACGGUCUCCCCGAAUGGAAAGCUGGUAGCAUCCUACUCUUCCGAUGAUGAGACAACCAAAUUAUGGGAUGCUGUAAGUGGGACCAUCCAACACAGCCUAGAAGGUCAUUCAAACAGAGUCCGGGCUGUCGCCUUCUCGCCAGAUGGCAAGAUGGUGGCUACGGGCUCUGCUGAUCACAAAGUCAAAUUCUGGGACACUACCACUGGAAUAUUGCAACACACACUGGAGGUAAAUAUAGGUCCAAUUGAAUCAGUGGCCUUCUCCUCAGAUAGCAGACUGCUGGCAGCAGGUACCAUUGAUGGAACUAUAAGCACUUGGGCUACCUUUGACGGAACUAUCCGACAGAAACUAAAGGGUCUAAAGGGUCAUCGAGGUGGGCUCGGGUGUGUAGCAUUCUCACCAGAUGGAGAGCUGCUAGCAGCGGGUUUUGAUUACGAGCAAAUCGAGCUCUGGGACAUCACCACCGGCAUCCUGAAACAGAGUAUCGAGUUCACACCAAGGGGUAAUCUGUCAGAGUCAGGCUUCGAUGACGUGACAAAGGACUUCCUAGACAAUUGGUUAGCGCAGGGUAGACCGCACUUAGUCCAGUCUGUGGCGUUCUCGCCAGAUGGCAAUUUCCUAGCAUCGAGCUCCGGCAGUCUGACAAUCAAAAUUUGGGAAAUCGCCACUGGCAUACUAAAAGAUACCGUGGAGCGCCAUCCGGGCCAUAUUAAGUCCAUGGUGUGGUCUGAUAAUGGUCAGUGUCUUGAGACCAGCAUCGGGUCGUUCGAUAUUCAGUCGCAGCAUGAGAAUAGCGUCCGCUCUUCGAAGCAGCCCACUGUCAAAGUAUCCCUUCACGAUCAAUGGAUAGCUCUUCAAGGUGAUAGAGCCUUAUGGAUGCCUCCUGAGUACCGCCCUACUUGUUCAUUCAUUCGAGGAGGUACUGUGGUUCUUGGGCAUUAUUCAGGGAGGGUGUCUACAAUGGAGUUUAGUACCUAG